GAUGAUGAGUUUGAAGUUCUUGUAAUCAACGGCAAUACCGAGACUAUUUCACGUUAUUAACUAGGCAUUGAAAAUAAUGAACUGAUUAUCGUUCACAAGCCAUUAAUUACUCUUGAAACACAUAAACGAUCCGAGCUUGCAGGCAAAAUGAUGUUGCUACGAGUAAAGGGCAGUGUCAUAAUUUUGAUUUUCACAUUUAAAUGUAUUAUAUUCUGUGACGGAGAACAAUUACAGAAUGAAGAUCCUACAGUCACUAUUAGUAUAGAUAAAAGUACAAUUAAUUCGUCAAACCAGACUGAACACAAUGAAACUAAUGUACCUACAAAACUCGCCUUUAGGUGGCCCCCCACUUCAUUUGACGUACAAACAAGUGAUGGUUUCUUACUGAAAAUAUUUAGACUAUCCUCUGAAUUUAGCAAUUCAGGCACAGAAUAUUGUCCGGUGCUACUUGUUCACGGGAUGUUCCAAUCUUCAGACAGAUUUCUUAAACAAAAACAGGAUCAGAAUCUAGCUUUCAAACUGCAGGAUCUUGGAUACGACGUGUGGCUGUUUAACGCUCGUGGCAACAAAUAUAGCCGAAGACAUGUCAGAUUAGACCCAGAAAAAAAUUCCUCCGAUUAUUUCGACUUCUCCUACGAAGAAAUCGGCUAUUUCGACCUCGCUGCCACAGUAGACUUUAUACUCAGUACGACUGGAUUCAAGAAAUUGCAUUAUAUUAGUUAUGGGUUCGGCGGAACUUUCUUUUUAGUCUUAAAUUCGUUAUUGCCAUUGUACAAUGAUAAAUUUGACAGGGCGUUUCUGAUGGCCCCCGUUGCUUAUAGCGGUCGCAUGCCUAACACCGCUCUUCAAAAGCAGUUGCUUCUUCACGAACAACUUUAUAACGAUCUUAAGGAUGCACAAGUUCUUGAAUUAUUUCCAUAUUACAAUGAUGAGGAAAACGUGCAAUUUGACGCAUCUAUGUGCUUGGGUUUGAAAAAGUAUGAAGUUCUUUGCAAUAAAAUGGAAAUUGCUAAGAUGAUGGAUCUAAAUGUUACCCAAAAUUCUAAAGAAGCUACGAGAGGUGGCUCUACUAAGAUUUUAAUUCAUUUUGCACAAAACGUCAAAAGGAAAGUAUUUAGUCGUUUUGAUUACGGAGAUGGAAAAAAUAAACAAAUGUACGGACAUAGAGGAAGUUCUCCUAAAUAUGCUUUAGAGGCUAUCACUGUUCUUACUGUAAUAAUAUUUGCGUCAACCGACGAGAUGAUCGACGAAGAUGACAUUUAUGAAUUGGCAUCGAAUAUAACUAAUGUUAAACUCAGGAAAGUGGAGAGACCUCAAUUUAGGCACGAUGACUUUAUCGCCGGGCAAGAUGUAAUGCACGACGUUUACAAUAUCAUUAUAGAAGAUUUGCCGGAGAAUAAAAAGUACAUCACACCGGAUCAGAAGAAGAAAACUAACAAGAGUUUAUCUUGGUGGGUUGUACUAAUAUUUUUUGGUGUGGGGCUUGCCAUGGUCAUAUUUAUAUGCAUAAAGAUUUUUCGUUGUUAAAAAGGCAACGAAAAGAAACAAACAGUCGUAAAUA